GGUGGGGGGGUCUUUCAACUUGCGAUGUUUCCCUGUGGAAGUUGCCUGCCCCACGCAGUCAGCCCUUUCAUUGAUCCGCUCUGUUUCCUGGCUCUCACACCUUAUCCCACGGCAGGGCGAUGACGCCGACCAGAGACCGUCUCUUCAGCCGAUGAUAGAAUCCAGCGUGUUUCAUCCUGCCAUCAUGAAUCUGACAUCUCUCGCUCUGACAGUCGCACUUUUGGCCGCGACGAGCGGCCGCUGCUCCUCCAGCAGCGUACCCUCAUUGAUCCUGCCGUUCACCGAUUGCAUCCAGAGCCGAGGGAAAGACGGAUUCUACCGGGGAGCGAUAGACACCACCGAGUCCGGAGCCCGAUGCAUUAACUGGACCGAAGUUCCCGGCUUCAAGGAGCGGUAUCCGGGGAAAGGGAUUGGAGAUCAUAAUCACUGUCGCAAUCCAGACGGCAGGAUCCGACCCUGGUGUUUUUUCAGGAACCAUAAAGGCAGAGUGGACUGGGGCUACUGCGACUGUAAACAAGGUUCAGUCCGUCUGCAAGGAGGCCGUUCCAAGCUCGAUGGCAGGGUGGAGGUCUAUCUGCGAGGCGUGUGGGGGUCUAUCUGUAGUGAUGACAGUGAUGACUGGGGGGACAAAGAAGCUGCAGUGGUCUGCAGACAGCUGGGGAAGGGGAUGUCAGGUCAUGCUCGUACAAUCGCCGUGUCUCGUCCAGGCUUGGCCAAAAUACACUGGAGGUCGGUUAAUUGCCAGGGAGAUGAGCAAGACCUGCUUCUGUGUUCAAAAACUACCUGGAAUGGAGGAGAGUGCUCCGUUGCUGCAGCUGUCACCUGCACCCAACAACAAGUUGGAGGUCAAUCGAGGUCAGAGGGCACAGUAGAGGUCUUCCAUUCAGGACAUUGGGGCUCCAUAUGUGAUGACCAGUGGGAUGACCAGGAUGCGGAGGUCGUGUGCCGACAGCUGGGAUUCAGUGGUCUAGCCAGGGCCUGGAGCCAGGCACAUUUUGGGAAGGGUUCAGGCCGUGUGUGGCUGGACGAGGUGCGUUGCACUGGCAAUGAGCUCACAUUGGAGCAGUGUCCAAAAAGUGCUUGGGGUGAACACAACUGUCUGCACUCCGAAGAUGCAGGAGUAUCCUGUAACAGUCUCACAGAUGGUACUGCCCGGUUAGCAGGUGGUACAGGGAGCAACGAAGGCCGUUUGGAAGUCUUUUACCAUGGUCAGUGGGGAACAGUGUGUGACGAUGGUUGGACAGACUAUAAUACCCAAGUAGUGUGCAGACAACUUGGUUACAGGUUGGGGGAAACUCUUCCUUCUGAAGGAUUAGACAUCACACCAGUCCCACGCUUUGGGGUCGGGUCGGGUCCAAUUCUUUUGGAUGAUGUGAGCUGCACAGGAAAGGAGCCGAGCCUGCUGCUCUGCAAGAAGAGGGAGUGGCUCCGUCACGAUUGUACACACCAUGAGGACGUUAACAUGGCAUGCAGCGCAGAACGCAGUGGAGAGACUCUUCCCACUAGUGUGCCAGUGAGGCUUGUGGGAGGAGAGACCCCGAGGGAAGGCCGGGUGGAAUUGUAUCUGUCUGGUCAGUGGGGGACCGUGUGCGAUGAUGGAUGGACUGACCGCGAUGCUGAGGUGGUGUGCCGGCAGUUGGGUUACAGUGGUUUGGCAAAGGCUCGUGUGAUGGCGUAUUUCGGUGAGGGCACGGGACCCAUCCACGUGGACAACGUGAAGUGCAGCGGCGAGGAGCGUUCCAUAGCCGACUGCAUCAAACAGGCUCCCGGCACACAUAACUGUCGCCACAGUGAGGACGCCGGGGUCAUCUGUGACUACGGAGAACCUCAGCCCAGCUAUAAAGAAGUCAAAGAUCCUGUCAACUCAAUUUGUGGUCUGCGGCUCGUGCACACUCGCCAGCGCCGGAUCAUAGGAGGAGAGAACUCUCUGAGGGGGGGUUGGCCAUGGCAGGCCGCCAUUCGUUUACGAGGCUCCCGAGGUGAUGGGAGGUUGGUGUGUGGGGCAACGCUCAUUGACUCCUGCUGGGUGCUCACCUCGGCCCACUGUUUUAAAAGAUAUGGAAACAGCACCAAGCAGUACAAAGUCAGAGUAGGAGACUACCACUCCCUCGUCCCCGAGGAAUAUGAAGCAGAGUACGGCGUGGACCAAAUUGUCUUCCAUCCAAACUACCACCAUCAAAGCAAUGAUAAUGACCUGGCCCUGGUCCGUCUGUCGCCGGGAGCCGUGGACCAGCUGCCAGGAGAAUGCGUGUCAUUCAGCCGUCAGGUCCUUCCCGCCUGUCUGCCUGCUAGAAAAGAGAGAGUUCUCAAAGAAGCCAGUAACUGUCACAUCACCGGCUGGGGUGACACAGGCCGGUCGUACUCCAAGACUCUCCAGCAGGCCCCGCUCUCUAUACUCCCUCGCCGUUACUGCCAGCAGUACUUCGAAGGCGCCUUCACCAGUCGAAUGCUCUGCGCCGGCAGCGUACAGUCAGAGAGGCGUGUGGACAGUUGUCGUGGCGACAGUGGAGGACCGCUGGUGUGCGAGCGUCCAGGAGGGGGCUGGGUGGUUUACGGUAUCACGUCCUGGGGUCAUGCGUGCCGAACACAGCGGUCCCCUGGUGUCUACACCAGAGUGUCGGCCUUCAGCUCGUGGAUACAGAAGGUGGUCAGAGGUGCUGGGAGGAAGCAGUGGAAGAGAGAUAUCAAAUGACCGACUGUGGGAAAGGGUCGCAAAACAGCUGACAAAACAUUAAUGUCGGAUCCUGAUAAUGAUGUUAUUAUUAAUGUUGGAACUGAUUAUUUAGUCUUUUCACACUAUGUAAAAAAAGGAAUAAUAAGCACUUGUUUUCAUUUUUUUAACUCAUGGGCUGCAGGAUUUUUGAACAGUAUUAAACCUCAUUUUCAGAAUGUACUUUAAUUUAUGCAUACUUUUUUUUAUUUUACACGUUUUUAAACUGUUUUUGUCAUCACAUUUUACUGUAAUUUAUAAACUGUAUCAGCACAAAUGUUCAAAGGGACCACGUACCUACAGUAUAUAAGCACGCCUUCAUGCAUUCACAGGUAUGAAUUUGCAGACUUGCACACUAAACCUCAACAGUACUUACUGCAUGAUACUCGCCCGUGUUCAUUUUGAAAUCAUGUCAUUUUAUAGUAUGCAUGUCUGAUUGGGUGACGUUUCCUACGCGUGCUUUUGUUGUCAUUUUGUCCAAUUAGCAAAUUGCUGGUCGUAGUAUUCACUCAGGCAUUUCUGACUUAAACCUAGCCAGUAUUUAUUAACUUCUCGGUGCUGCUUGAUGUUUGCAUGAAAGGUAAAGAACAUACCUGUAAUUCAAAGUGUAAAACGGUGUUGCUUUGUGACAAUUUUGUUUUCCUGACACUGUGAUAUUUUUUCUUUUUCUCUGAUUACACUUAAGGAAGACAAUCUAGAACACUUGAAAACCAAAAAAGACACAAACUGUUUACUGGUGUGAUGUUUACUGAAUAUGUUAUGACUUGAUAUUGUACAUUUCUCCAUAAACUACGUUUUUGUAACAACAACUGCUGAAUUUUGUUAUUUGAUUGCAAACAUCAAACACACAUGUAUUUACACUUGUCUUUCUGUCAUUCUCACAAACAUUUGUAGUUUUCUUUUAAGCUGGUUGAAGAACAGAGUUCCUUUAGGUUUUAUUUCAUUCACUACAAACUGUGAGAGUGAGCACAGACUUGUUGAAUAAUGUACACACACAUUCACUCACACACACAUACUUGCUGCUAUGUCACAACGUUUGCGGCUUAGCGGCCAUUUUAUGUUCUCCUUUUCAUCUGAUUUAGAAAAAGUAACCUUUGGGUAAACUUUAAUAUUUAAAAAUAAUACAAAAAUUGAAAAAAUAGAAUAAAACAUUUCACUGAUAAUCAUUUUUUUAAUUUGAUUGUCAUUUAUAAAUACCGACACUUAACUCACAACUACUCGUUGUCGAAACCCAAAAUUAGUUUAAUCUUGACGAUUUGUGUAUUACAGUUUUAUGCAGUUUAAGGGAAAUCGGCUGGUUGAUUUCGUGAAAUAACCUUUUUUUAGUUGUAAAUUCUGUAAAGAACGUUCAGCUACAAAAUUGCCUCAGAACGACCCCUAGUGGCUAUCACUACACAUUACCAAACAGACAGAAAUUUUCAGUAAGUCUAGGUUAAAAUAAAUCAUAAUUUUAUAAAGACAUGUCACGUUGUGUCAGUAAAUUUAAUAAAUCAUGUAUUCUAUCUAAUAUUUUAAUUAUUUUCUUACUGGUAUAAUUAUAACAAUUAUAACAGUAAUAUAUAAAUUUAAGAUAAUACAAAUUACUAUUGUUUCACCAUAAAAUCUUACAAAUUACAAUAAAUUAUUCAACAUGUAAAUGAUGUGUAUCUAUUAAUAUAUAUUUGGUUUUUCUUUUGACCCGCUGCUAAAUGUAAACAAAUGCAGUGAGGUGCAAUUUCCCGACUAAAUGACCAUGGAACAGACUGGUUUGUGUAGUUAUUACUUAAGAACGUUUUCCUCAGGAUUAAGGAAAACAUGUUUGCCCUCUUUUUUAAUGCAUGGGAAGCCGUAAUUUUAAACUAAUGUGAACGGCUCUGACUGCAUGUUUUAAAUUAUAAACUGAAAAGCAGGAAUUGUGUCAUGUGUUUGGCCAGAAAAAAGUGUCAAUGUGGCCCUCCAAGGAGCUGGAGGUGGACGCAAUGGCCCUCUGCUCAUUUAGGUUUAAGACCCCUGAUGUAAAAACACUUGAGGUAGUUAAUCUGUAGCAGCAUGAGGGGGACGGUGACAUCAUACGGCUGUCAGCUGUUAGGCCACGUAUAAACAGAAAUGACGUGAUGAAGUGUUGAAGUAACAAACUUGAACUGCUAACCAGUGGAGUUUCUCCUUGUUCUGCGUCUAACUCUGGCUCAACAUAAAUGGUCGGACCAAAGCCUGUCGUCCUGCAGCCAUGGCACCGACACCUGUCAUUGAGAACAAGGCUGUUAAAGAGGCAGGUGAAGAAUCCAAAUGUUUUUUCAACCAAAGCAUUUCACUUACAUUUCACUCAGACAUCAAGGGACUGUAUUCAUUUGGAUGAAAAUACCAAAUGUCCUCCUUAAGCAGGUGUGAACGAAUGUCGACUUCAUCAAUAAACACAAGGACACAUCGUCAGUCAUAUUGAUUUAAUUUUGGCUUCCGUGUUCGUCACUUGGGGAUUUUUAUUUGUUUUUUUGCAUUCAGUAUGAGGCUUAAUAACAACAUUGUCCAGUGUUAAAAAAAGAUUUAGAUUUAGAGCUUAACGGUGACAGAAUAUCAGCAGUUACACUUUUAGCUGCAGUGAAUAACUUUUGGAUGGUCUUGAUAUUACCUGUUCUCAUAUGAUUAAUGGGAAAAGAUCAGUUCUCAGCAGCUUAUUCAUGUAUUAACUUUGGAUUAGUUCAACAGUAAACAUUAGAACAGUGUCAUCAGAAUCAUUAGAACAGAGAUU